GGCAGUGACCCCUUAUAUCUCCCAAAGGUACUUAAAGGUCAGGAGGAGUAACUGCAAAGAUAAAUACACACUCUCAAACACUGGCAUGAGUGGGACGUGACAUCUGGGUGAGGGCUGUGAUGUCUGUUUGAAUAACAGAAUGAGAACUAACGAGGAAGAGAGAAAGGAUCUGAUUUCCAGUGAUCUCCCCACUGCUGUGCUGCUAUUGAACAGUCUCACAGAACAGAUUGCUUCAUUAACGAGCCAUGUUCGGGACCUUAUAAAACAAGUCAGGGAGAAAGCUUUUCAAACAUCUAAGGGUUUGUCUUUUCUGGACUUGCGAUACCAUCUGCUACUGUUUUAUUUGCAAGACAUCACUCAUUUGAUCAGUUUAAAGACAGAGGGAGAAAGUCUAAAAGACAACAGCGCCAUCCACAGGCUGGUCUCAAUUAGGACGGUUUUGGAGAAAAUGCGCCCCCUGGAUCAAAAGUUGAAAUAUCAGAUUGAUAAAUUAGUGCGGACUGCAGUGACCGGCAACAUCACUGAGAAUGACCCUCUACACUUCCGUCCUAAUCCUCAGAAUCUGGCCAGCAAACUCAGUGAAUCUGAGGAAUCAGAUGAAGAUGAUGAUGGAGAAAAGACAAAGGCAUCUGGGAUGAAAGUGCCCUCAGCCAGCAGGAAAUAUAUACCACCUCGGAUUGCUCCUAUGCAUUAUGAUGGAGACAUGACGGAAGCAGACAAGCAGAAGGAGCUGGUUGACAAACAUAGGAGAGUGGCACUUCGUAGCUCUGUUAUCCAGGAACUCCGCCAGCAAUACAGUGAUGCUCCAGAGGAGAUCAGAGACCGCAGAGAUUUCCAGACAGAACGGGAGAGCAAAGAGGAGCAGCAAAGGAAAAACUAUGAGGAGUCCAUGAUGGUCCGUCUGAACAUGACACGUGAGCAGAGAAUCAGGAAGAGAGGCUUGGUUGGAAUGACAUCACAGCUGGGUAACAUCACACGAUUCAGUGACAUCACUGCUCUGACAGGUGAAGCACAGGACGAGGAUAAUCCAAAACCCAAGAAAAAGAAGAAAGUGAUGAAGAAAACUAAAUUAAGAAAGAGAAAUUUCAGGAAACGCAAGUAGAACCUCUGAUGCGGAAGAGAAAUCUGCGAUGAAUUUCAUCAUUUUGUAGUUGUUUUUCAGGAUUCUAAAUAAAUCUGCAAAAUGGGA